AUGAGCGAUGUGGUUAAGGAAGAAGUACUAAAACUACUAGAGGGUGAUGUAAUUUAUAAAAUUUUAGAUAGUAAGUGGGUGAGCCCUGUACAUGUGGUACCUAAAAAAGGAGGUGUCACAGUUGUGGAAAAUGAGAAAGGCGAGCAUGUAGCUAAGCUUUAUAAAGAUCAUGCAUCUAUUCGAUACCUAAUAAGCAAGAAUGACGCUAAACCUAGGUUACUUGGAUGGGUCCUUUUAUUGCAAGAGUUUGACCUAGAUAUUCGAGACAAGAAGGGCACAAAAAAUGUAGUUGUUGACCACCUUUCUAGGCUUGAAUAUUUAAAACCAGACCUAGUGCCAAUAAAUGACGAUUUUAACUAUGAUACACUUAUGGCUAAAAUCGAAACCAUUCAGGACGAUAACUCCAAUUUUCCAAUGGAUUGGAACAUUGAAAGAACUCUAGCAGUGACCAACGUACCUUGGUACGCUGACUUUGUUAAUUACCUAGGUGCUGAUAUCAUACCCCCUGACCUUAACUCCCAACAAAAUAAGAAAUUCUAUAGUGAUGUAAGAUAUUUUUAUUGGGAAGAACCACUCCUUUUCAAUAGAGGGACAAGCGGCAUUUUUCGUCGUUGUGUCCUUGAAGAAGAAGUAGAAAACAUCAUAAAACAUUGUCACUCCACACCUUAUGAUGGACAUGCAGGCACGUCUAAGGCAUUGUCACUCCACACCUUAUGGCGCGAUGUUCAUGCUUACAUUGUUAGAUGUGAAUAG